GGGCGGCCCGUAAAAAGGCACUUCGGGGCGCUCGGGAGUGAGGACCCAGGCUGUGGUAGUGGCGGUGGUCUCCUGCAGCCUCGGACCCCCUCCCUGAUCCAGGCGGCUGCUCCACAGGAGACGUCAACCCCCUGCCUCCUCCCAGCCCCACUCUCGUACUCCAGGCCCACAGCCACCACCAUGAAGAUAGCCAUCAUUGGUCAGAGCCUGUUUGGCCAGGAAGUCUACUCCCGACUUCGGAAGGAAGGUCAUCAGGUGGUGGGAGUAUUCACCAUUCCUGAUAAGGAUGGGAAAGCAGAUCCACUGGCCCUGGAGGCAGAGAAGGACCACAUACCAGUGUUUAAGUUUCCCCGAUGGAGGGUGAAGGGGAAGGCCCUGCCAGAGGUGGUAGAGCAAUACAAGUCUCUGGGGGCCCAGCUGAACGUCCUGCCCUUCUGCAGUCAGUUCAUCCCCAUGGAGGUCAUCAAUGCACCUGAACACGGCUCCAUCAUCUACCACCCAUCGAUCUUACCCAGGCAUCGUGGAGCUUCAGCCAUCAAUUGGACCCUGAUCCAUGGAGAUAAGAAAGGAGGCUUUACUGUCUUCUGGGCAGAUGAUGGCUUGGACACAGGAGACAUCCUGCUCCAGAAGGAGUGUGAAGUUCUGCCUGAUGACACCGUGAGCUCACUCUACAAUCGGUUCCUCUUCCCUGAAGGGGUCAAUGGCAUGGUGGAAGCAGUAAGACUAAUUGCUGAGGGGAGAGCCCCCAAAAUACCUCAGACCGAAGAAGGGGCAACGUAUGAAGGAAUACAGAAGAAGGAAAAUGCCAAGAUCAACUGGGACCAGCCAGCAGAAGCCAUCCACAACUGGAUACGAGGAAAUGACAAGGUUCCUGGAGCCUGGACUGAGGCUAAUGGGCAGAAGCUGACAUUUUUUGGAUCGACCCUUAAUGACAAUGGUCUUGUGCCAGAGGGAGACACACUGGACAUCCCAGGAGCAAGCCAGCCAGGCAUUGUUACCAAAGUGGGGCUUGUCCUUUUUGGAAAUGAUGGCAAAAUGGUGGUGGUGAAAAACAUACAGCUUGAAGAUGGCAAAAUGAUCCCUGCAUCUCACUUCUUCAAAUCAGCAGAUAGUACCACCGUGGAGCUGACUGAAGAGGAGAUGGUCACUGCAGAGGCCAUUCGGGAUGCUUGGCAGAGGAUUUUGCCCAAUGUUGCGGAAGUCGAAAGCUCCACUGAUUUCUUCAAAUCAGGCGCAGCCUCUGUGGAUGUUGUGAGGCUUGUAGAAGAAGUGAAAUUGCAGUGCAAUGGCCUGGAAUUAGAGAAUGAAGAUGUGUACAUGGCAACCACCUUUGGGGACUUCAUCCAGAUGCUGAUUAGGAAACUGAGAGGGGAAGAUGGAGAGGAAGAACAAGAUAUAGACUAUGUGGAGAAGUCCAUCAACAACCUGACUAUUCGUAUGCCUCACCAACUCUUCAUCAAGGGGAAAUUUGUGGAUGCUGAAGGAGCUAAGACCUAUGAAACCAUCAACCCAACGGAUGGGACUGCCAUCUGCAAAGUGUCACUCGCCCAGCUCUCCGAUGUUGAUGAGGCCGUGGCUGCAGCAAAAGAUGCCUUUGAGAAUGGAGUGUGGGGGAAGAUAAAUGCCAGAGAUAGGGGGCGACUUCUCUACAAGUUAGCUGAUCUCAUGGAAAAACAUCAGGAAGAGCUGGCCACCAUUGAAGCCAUCGACUCAGGCGCAGUGUACACACUGGCCUUGAAGACACAUGUAGGCAUGUCGAUCCAAACCUUCUGCUAUUUUGCAGGAUGGUGUGACAAAAUUCAGGGAACCACCAUCCCCAUUAACCAAGCAAGGCCUAACCGCAACCUGACCUUCACCAAGAAAGAGCCAGUUGGGGUCUGUGGCAUCGUAAUUCCCUGGAAUUAUCCCCUGAUGAUGCUUUCCUGGAAGACUGCUGCCUGCCUGGCUGCUGGAAACACGCUGGUCAUUAAGCCAGCCCAGGUGACGCCACUGACUGCCUUGAAAUUUGCAGAGCUGACUGUGAAAGCCGGCAUUCCCAAAGGCGUGGUGAACGUGCUACCUGGAUCAGGUUCCUUGGUUGGGCAGAGAUUAUCAGAUCAUCCAGAUGUAAGGAAAAUUGGGUUCACAGGCUCCACGGAGAUUGGAAAACACAUCAUGAAGAGCUGUGCCCUAAGUAAUGUCAAAAAGGUUUCUCUGGAGCUGGGAGGAAAAUCUCCCCUCAUCAUCUUCGCAGACUGUGAUCUGAGCAAGGCCGUCCAAAUGGGGAUGAGCUCCGUUUUCUUCAACAAAGGUGAAAACUGCAUCGCAGCAGGCCGCCUCUUCCUGGAGGACUCGAUUCAUGACCAGUUUGUACAGAAAGUGGUAGAAGAAGUCAAAAAGAUGAAGAUUGGUGAUCCCUUGGACCGGGCCACUAAUCAUGGACCCCAGAAUCACCAGGCCCACUUACAAAAGCUGCUUGAAUACUGCCAGAAAGGAGUGAAAGAAGGAGCCACCCUGGUGUAUGGAGGAAAACAAGUUGCCCGCCCAGGGUUUUUCUUUGAACCAACCAUAUUUACCAAUGUGGAAGAUCACAUGUUUGUGGCCCGGGAAGAGUCUUUUGGACCUAUCAUGAUCAUCUCCAGAUUCCCUGAUGGGGAUAUUGAUGGUGUGCUGCAGCGAGCGAAUGCCACAGAAUUUGGACUGGCCUCGGGGGUCUUCACCCAGAAUAUUAACAAAGCCCUGUAUGUCAGUGAUAAGCUUCAGGCAGGCACCGUAUUCAUCAAUACCUACAACAAGACAGAUGUGGCAGCUCCAUUCGGAGGAUUCAAGCAGUCCGGAUUUGGGAAGGACUUAGGUGAGGCAGCCCUCAAUGAAUACCUGAAAAUCAAGACAGUCACUUUUGAAUACUGAAAAGGAAGUUCUAAGUGAGGAAAAAGAGCCAGACCCAGCACUGAGUGAACCCCAUCGCCUUUCUCUGUUCUCCCAACCUUCCUAAUGUGAGUUCCAGCUCAAAUUUCUCCUGGAGGGGAAGACAAAGAAGAAUGUCUCUCAGUCACCUGCAUAAUGUAAAGUCUUCCCUAGUUUGGGUCUUCCCUUUCCACUGAAGAAACACAACCCACCUUUCAUGCAAAAUUCUGUUUGAAUUUAGGGGACAAACAAGAAACUUGUUGGAAAUCAGAGCA